CCUUAACCAAAUAUUCCGGCAACUGUCCAACUGCAUGAUGGAAAGCCAACAGCGUCAGUCAGGCGACCAAUACCCCGAGGGGGGUGAGCGCCCGAGUUGGGACCCAUCUUCCGGUCGCGUUUCACCGAUCGAAUUUUCUGGUCCAUCUCACGAUGCAUACCAACCUGUUAGGGAAGGAUUGGACACACCUCCGAUUUACCCCGUGAAAGAGCAGGAGCAGCCUCCCACUUCAGUUGUACCUCAACAGCGAACAGUCAGCGAUCUUUGGCUGUGGGAGAUUGUGAGUAACUUCAUCAGCAUUGCCUGUAUCGUUGUUAUAGCGGUCAUCUUGUCUGUCUUCGACGGCAAAGCACUGUCACAAUGGCAACCUCCCAUCAAACCAAACGCGUUAAUCUCCAUCUUCGCAACUAUCGCUAAGGCUACACUGCUUUUGCCGGUUGCAGAAUGCAUCAGUCAGAUCAAGUGGCUCUACUACGGCAAGGAAUAUCGUUCACUUGUCGAUGUUCAAUGCUUCGACCAAGCAAGCCGCGGGCCUUGGGGCUCGCUGAUGUUUCUGUGGCGGUUCAGAGCAAGAUCGCUCGUUGCAAGCUUUGGAUGCUUGAUUACGAUUGUGUCACUCGCCGUGGAUCCUUUUACACAACAGAUUAUCAGCUAUCCGGAGCGUUCAGUGUCAUUAGGAAACACGUCUGCAUCUGUUAAUGCCGCACGAGUGUAUGACACGGGGCUGACAGCUUCGCAGCACAACAUGUUUUCUCAGUACAUGGAUGUCGGCAUGCAGGCUGCAAUUCUUAGCGGCCUCUACGGUGAAUCCUCUACUGUCAGCCAUUAUUGCCCGACUGGAAAUUGCACAUGGCCAGACAUAACUUCGCUGUCUGUUUGCAAUAGUUGCUCCAAUGUUACGACCAGCACUAACAGGACUUGCAACUCAUCCGGACAAGCAAAUGUCUGCCAAUUCACAACUCCCGCAGGCCAUGAGAUGCAAGCCAAGUCAGGUGUCAAAGGGGCAGGCGUCUACAAUACGUUGAUUAAUGCUUCUACAGUUAAUCUUGCACGUGGGAGCACUGCAGACAUUCUCAGCUUUGGUGCCAUCAUAUUGGAAGAAUCUCAAGAAGCUUUCGAGGUUCCUCUGGCCGAAGCAUACGACUGUUCAUUCAGGUGGUGCGUGCGCACAUACAGCGGAUUUAAUAUCUCGAGCGGCGUCAUCAACUCCGGCACACACACCAGCAACGAUCUCGAGUAUGUCGAGGAUAUAGGCGACGUCGCUCAACCAAACGAAGCAGAUGACGGGGUAUACGAAGUAUUCCAAAUACCCGACAACGUGUCCUGGACGGGUAAUCGAACCUAUGUUAUCAACUUUAAAGACGAACAAACCACGGGAGCCUUCAUGGCGACCUUGUUCGAUGUGGGGCUCUACAGUCAAAGAGCAUACACUGAGAGUUUAGAAGGCGUUCGCAUCGACUACACGCUAUUCAAGAGCAGCAACUUUACUCGAACGAUCGAUAACAUUGCGAACAGUAUGACGACCCGCGUGCGCAAUGGAAAGAAUGCUACAGGCGCAUCAGGAGAAGCCUGGAAAAACGAGACCUUCAUCAAGGUCAGCUGGGCAUGGUUUAUAUU